GGCAGGAGCCCAAAAAUGAGGCAGAUCCAAAGCUUAAUUGAACCACACCAGAGAAAGCUGUUGGGACAAUGACCCCCAUCGUUGAAACCUUCCUACGGCCUACCAUGAUAUUUAUCUGCCACCUUACCUGUUCAUAAGGUAACGUAGACCUGGAUGAAGGGAAAACACAAAUUCUGCAAUUUUCACCGAAUCGCCAUGCAAAGAACAAAGCAGGAACAUGGAUUUCAACCUUCUCUUUCCUUCCUGCAACAAAACCCACCUUGCCAAGCGCCUUCAUGCCCUCCUCCUUGUAUCCGGCCUCACCCAAAAUGUCUUCUUCUCCACCAAGCUUGUCACCCUCUACACCAACCUCGGUGAGGUCCACCAUGCCCGCCUUGUGUUUGAUCAAAUUCCCAAGAAGAAUGUCGUUGCAUGGAAUUCGAUCAUCUCCGGAUAUGUUCGGAAUGGUUCUUUCCGUGAAGGUCUCGACUGUUAUUAUAGAAUGUCGACUAAUUCUAGAGUUCGGCCAGAUUUCUUUACUUUUCCCGUGGUUUUGAAAGCUUGUGAGGAAUUGGGAGAUGGGAGGAAGGUACACUGUUUGGUUUUAAAAUUGGGAUUCGGAUCUGAUUUCUUUGUGGCUGCUUCUUUGAUUAAAUUGUAUGCGAGAUUUGGGCUCGUGGUUGAUGCCCGGCGGGUUUUCGAUGAAAUGCUGGUGAGAGAUUUGGGGUCUUGGAAUGCAAUGAUUUCUGGGUAUUGUCAGAAUGGUAAGGCAGCUGAAGCAUUGUGGUUGUUUGAAGAGGUGUUGUUGGACGGAGAGAGGAUGGACUCGGUUACAGUCUCUAGUGUUCUUCCUGUUUGUGCACCGUUGCAAGAUCAUUUGAUGGGGAGGUUGAUUCAUGUGUAUGUGAUAAAGCAUGGAUUGGAUUUUGAUGUUUUUGUGUCUAAUGCUUUGAUCAACAUGUAUGCAAAAUUGGGUUAUAUGAGGGAUGCACAGCGGGUCUUUGAUGGAAUGGAAGUAAGAGAUUUGGUGUCAUGGAACUCAAUGAUAGCUGCAUAUGAGCAGGCUGGUGAACCGAUUGCUGCUCUGGGGUUUUUUCAUGAGAUGAAAGGGAAUGGUUUGCGGCCUGAUGUGCUGACUGUAGUGAGCUUGGCAUCUGUUGCUGCUCAGUCUGGGUAUUGUCAAAAUGGACGGUCUGUGCAUGGUUUUGUCAUGAGAAGGGGAUGGAUUUCAGAAGAUAUCUUUGUUGGCAAUGCUCUUGUUGAUAUGUAUGCGAAAAUGGGCAAGAUAGAUGAUGCACAGAAAGUGUUUGAUAGAAUGCUUAUGAAAGAUGUGAUUUCUUGGAAUACUUUGAUCACAGGCCAUGCUCAAAAUGGGCUUGCAAACGAGGCAAUAGAACUUUAUCACAUGAUGGAUGAGUAUGAAGGAAUAGUGGAAGAUCAAGGGACACUGGUAAGUGUUCUUCCUGCUAUUUCCCAUGUGGGAGCCUUGCAACAAGGGAUGAGAAUCCAUGGCCGAUCUAUCCGGGUUGGUUUGCACUUGGAUGUGUUUGUGGGCACUUGCCUUAUAGAUAUGUAUACAAAGUGUGGGAGGUUAGAUGAUGCAAUGCUCUUAUUCCGCCAAGUUCCAACGAGGAGUUCAGUCCCCUGGAAUGCUAUCAUAUCAGGGCAUGGAAUUCAUGGACAUGGUGAGAAAGCACUAUAUCUCUUUGGAGAAAUGCAACAAGAGGGGGUUAAACCAGAUCAUAUCACCUUUGUUUCCUUGUUAUCUGCUUGUAGCCACGCGGGUUUAGUUGAUCAAGGUCAGCAAUGCUUUCAACUAAUGCGUGAAUGCUACAAGAUUGAACCUACUGUAAAACACUAUGCUUGCAUGGUGGAUUUGCUUGGUCGAGCUGGACACUUGGAUACCGCAUAUGAAUUUAUAGAGAGCAUGCCAGUAAGGCCAGAUGCUAGUGUCUGGGGUGCUCUUCUUGGUGCAUGCAGAAUUCAUGGAAAUGUGGAAUUGGGCGCAUUGGCUUCGGAUCGGCUAUUUGAAAUAGAUUCGGAGAAUGUCGGCUACUACGUUUUGUUGUCAAACAUAUAUGCGAAAAUUGGGAAGUGGGAGGGGGUUGAUAAGGUGAGAUCUUUGGCAAGAGAAAGGGGAUUGAAGAAGACUCCUGGAUGGAGCUCAAUUGUGGUGAACAAUCGCGUCCAUGUUUUUUUUACUGGUAACCGAUCUCACCCUCAAUGUGAAGAUAUAUACAAAGAGCUUGGGCUCUUGUUGGCUAAGAUGAAGAGCCUUGGAUAUGUGCCUGAUUAUAGCUUUGUGCUGCAAGAUGUGGAGGAAGACGAAAAGGAGCAUAUCCUUACAAGCCAUAGUGAGCGAUUGGCUAUCGCAUUUGGUAUUAUCAACAUGCCGCCUAAAAGUCCGAUUCAAAUCUUCAAGAACUUGCGGGUCUGUGGGGAUUGCCACAAUGCUACUAAGUUCAUAUCAGUGAUUACUGAGAGGGAGAUCAUCGUUAGGGAUUCAAACCGUUUCCAUCAUUUCAAAGAUGGGAGUUGCUCUUGUGGGGAUUAUUGGUGAUGAUUGUUUGUUCCAUUAUUCAUUUAUUUCCUCUUUUCUCUUGUUCACACACACAAUAACCUGAAUUAAGGUAUAGCUAACUGACCCAUUUUAGUUGUUACAUGAUAAAGAAGCUUAACCAUGGAACAUUUGCUUGGAUCCAAAUUUCUGUGAAUUGCCAAAAUUAACCUUGA